AUGGGAAUAGGUUGUUUCCUGACAAUCAUCGCAACAUUCAUGCAAUGCUUCGCGCCGGAACAUAACCUUGGCGUCUUCAUAGGAGGUCGUGUUGUUAUCGGUCUGGGGCAGGGAAUCGCCUUGACUUCUGGUCCUGUAUACAUUGGCGAACUUGCUCCUCCAGAGAUUCGUGGCAAGAUCAUGGGUUUCUGGCAACUGUUCUACUCCGUUGGCUCUUUCCUCGCAUAUUGGAUUGCGUACGCGACCGGCAAGAACAGAGAGAGCCUCGGAAACUGGGACUGGAAACUCAUUGUUAUCUUUCAGAUCUUGACUCCACUUCUCAUCAUCGUUUUGCUACCAUUCAUCCCGGAGACGCCUCGAUGGUAUAUUCAGCGUGGGGAUCAAGUCGAGAAAGCACGCGCAUCUCUCAUGCGUGUCAGAGACACGGAGCAAGAGGUUCAGGACGAACUGCUUACAAUCAGAGAAGCGCUUCAGUAUGAAAAAGAAACGAAUGAAACGAGUUCCUAUAAAGCUUUAUGGACUGAUAAGUCUGUUCGACGUCGCCUCUGGAUUGCAUUCAUCAUCAAUGCCGGACAACAACUUACUGGCCAAGGCAGUCUCAACAGCUACUCUACCCAGAUCUACAAGGGCAUCUACAAGGACGCUGAAACCAUCAAUCUAAUCAACGCAAUUAAUGGAACAUGCGGAAUACUUUUCACCUUGAACGCAGUCUGGACUGUGGAGCGAUAUGGUCGCACAUUCCUCUUCAUCGUCGGAGGAGUUGGUAUGGGCCUCUGCAUGCUCAUAUUCUCUGCAGUUGGUAUCGCCACUCCCGACGCAUAUUACACUUCUGGUGGAGUUGAAAAGCUUACAAAGGCUCAACCUGUCGGUAUCGCACUUACGUUCUUGCUGUUUUUAUUCAUCUUCUUCUAUAAGCCAACUUGGGGAGCGACGACCUGGAUUUGGACGAGUGAAGUGUUUUCGAUGAACGUCAGAGCGCAAGCUGUUGGUAUGUGCUCACAGUGGCAGAAUGUCUCGAAUCUGGUAUUCAACCAGUUUUUCCCUCUGUUCUUGGCAAAGUGUGGAUUCUACACAUUCUUCUUUUUCGGAGGUGUAAACUUUUGUCUUGCUCUUUUCGUCAUUUUCCUUGUGCCCGAGACUCGAAAUAUCAUGCUAGAGGAAAUGGAUGUCUUGUUUGGUGGGGUCAAUCAUGUCGACGUUGGUGGACAGAAGUUGGGCGUCGAAGACACUCAUCAUGCGGUCAAGGGACGUAUGGGACAGUUGGACAGCGAUGAGAUUGUAGAGGUCCAGGGAACAGUUGUACAGCGAAAAACAGACGAGAAGAUCUAG